GGCUGGCAGGGGCUGGCCUGCGGUUGGACCCUGGGUGGGUGAUGCUGGACGAGGUCAGCUCUGCGAGUGACCUGAGAGUCGGUUCGAGGGGGAGACUCCCAGAUGCAGACCGUAGAGUGUCUCAGGGCGCCUUAGCCCCAUCGGAGGCCUCCGGAGGGAUGGCGAGGCGACUCCCAGAGUGACCGGGCCGCAGGACGCGAAGACAGAGGCCGGACCCCGGUACCCGCCAGUCCCCGGCCUGCACCCAGCUCGGGCGCCCUACUGCUGCGGCCUCUCGGAUCCUGCUCCUCAGCAGCUGUGGGUCUCUUCCCCUGGGCCACCCGACGCCGGCUCCAGGAGCCGCACCAGCUUCUUAAGGUUUCCCAGCAGUAGCUCCCGACCCCUAGCCUGAGUGGUCUCUAAUGCUGGGCAGGGACCGCAAAACCUCGAUAUCCCGUACUUGAGUGUUGGCGGUGGGAGUUGGUAAUGGCGGAGUCUAAGGGAGAUGAGCUGCGACCCGCUGGACAGAGGCUUUUUGUUGUUUUUGCAACCUUAGGACUUUCCGAUCCUUUACUGCAGCGUGAACUUCCUGUUGAGACAUCGGUUGGGGGAGUUAGAUGGGACCGGGUUUGGGGAAAUGGGGGAGAAGCAAGACAGGGCUGUUAUCAGCUGUUUCUUGAAGCUGCCCAGAAAUGCAGUUUUGUUUUUUUGAAAGACGGUAUUGGCUUGCCGAUGGUGCUGUCUCACAGAGUUAAUUAAGAGCCAGCUCUGGCAAGACUUGAGACAACCGAAUUCUUUUUGAUCGUGCCCCCCCUACUCUAGGGAGAAACUCCUCUCACAAAGAGACUCAUCUGCAGGGGAUUCUCCAAGGCUAUGGGGAGAUAGGCGUGAGCCCUAGAGGGCCACUGCUGUCUGCGGUGCAUGAUGGCCAAACCCACCUUGAGAGGGAAUGGCACUAAUUCCGAGAUGCGCUUCAGGAGAUUCCAUUACCAGGAGGUGGCUGGGCGCCAGCUCUGGGAAUUCUGCUGUAGGUGGCUGAGGCCAGAAGUGUGCACCAAGGAGCAGAUCGUGGAAUUGUUGGUACUGGAGCAGUUCCUAACCAUCUUACCUGGGGAGAUCCAGAACUGGGUCCAAGAGCAGUGUCCAGAAAAUGGAAAGGAAGCAGUGACUCUGGAGGAUUUAGAGAGAAUGCCUGGCAGACCUGGACUCCCGGUGACAGUCUCUGUGAAGGGGCAGGAUGUGCGCUCAGUGAAGAUGACACCCCUGAAAUCAUCACGGGAGUUAUUAAGUAUUCGGCAGGAGUCAGUGGAACCUCAGCCCAGGGGUGUACCCAAGAAAGAGAGGGCAAGGAGCCCAGACCUGGGACCACAGGAGCAGAGGAACUGCAAGGAGAAGCUCAGACCUUUUCAAAGGAGCGGUGAGGAGAUUCUCCCCUUCCCUUCCUCCUUCAAGAUUCCCAUUUCGGAGCAGGCACAAGCAUGGACCCCAGAUUCACUGGGCUCCAAAGAGCAAGAGCUCCCAAGAGACAGCCACGCAGGAAACAGAAGAGUGCAUGUUGAUUUCUUAACACCAAAGGGAGAGAGAAAAAGCUGGGUGGGACAGGAUCACAGGAGUUUUGAGGAUGAGAAGGUCAUAGGCGUGCAUUGGGGUUAUGAGGAGACCAGAACUUUCCUUGCCAUUCUCAGCCAGACUGAGUUUUAUGAAGCUCUCCGAAACUGUCAUCGAAACAGCCAAGUGUAUGGGGCUGUGGCUGAGUGGCUCCGAGAGCAUGGCUUCCUUCAAAUCCUGGAACAGUGCCGGACCAAGUUUAAAGGUCUUCAGAAGAGCUAUCGAAAAGUCAAGAGUGGCCACCCAUCUGAGACCUGCCCCUUCUUUGAAGAGAUGGAGGCCCUGAUGAGUGGCCAGGUCACUGCCCUACCCAGUAGCAGCCUGGAAGGGUCAGUCUUUCAUUCUGACCAGAUGGGUAGUGAUACUGAGGAUCCCCAGCCUGAGGAGGGAGCAGAAGAGGCCGUGGCUGAGGAGACUGACAGUGAGAAAGUGGAUUUCAAGGCUACAGCUCAGGACCCUGACAACACAACCACACCUGUCCUGUUGCAUAUCCCAAGUGGUGUACACUGGGGUUAUGAAGAGACCAAAACUUACCUUGCAAUUCUUAAUGAGACUCAGUUUUACAAAGCCCUGCAGAACUGUCACCGCAACAGCCAAUUGUAUGGCGCAGUAGCGGAGAGGUUAUGGGAAUAUGGCUUCCUUAGGACCCCAGAGCAGUGUUGCACGUUUAAAAGCCUCCAAACUAGCUACCAGAAAGUCAAGAAUGUACAGGCACCAGAGUCUUGUCCCUUCUUUGAAGAGAUGGAUGCUUUGGUGAGUGCUCAGGUUGCUGCCCCACUCAGUGAUGGCCAGGGAACCAGAGAGGCUGAAGCUGAGAAGCAAACUGAGGAGGCAGAAGAGACUACAGAGGAAGAUUCUGAUGAGGAUGAAGAGGACACUGAGAUCCCCCCGGGGGCUGUCAUAACCCCUGCUCCUGUCUUAUCCCAAAGCCCCAGUGGUUUUCAGGCUGGAUUUGAGAAUGAAGAGAAUGUAAAAUGGGACAUACCUGAGGAAGUACAACUGCAUAGGACAUUACUUGCAAGGUCUGAAAGGAAGAUUGCCCACCAUCCUAAUCAACAUAAAUGUAGUAAAAGUGAACACAGACCAGAAAGAUAGUGCAGAAAGACCCCAAGGGAGAAAAGAGGAAAGCUAGCACUUCCAGAGAAGAGUCUGGGUAAAGUCCUAAGUCAUCAGAAGCUUUGCUUGGGAGAGAGACCCUCUAAAUAUAUCAGAUAUGGCAAAAGCUUUAGCCCAAACUCCCAUCUCAUGCACCAGAUAUCCCACCAGGUAGAAAAUCCAUAUAAAUGUGCCGAGUGUGGGGAAGCCUUCAGUCGGAGUGCACGCCUCAUUAGACAUCGGAGAAUCCACACGGGAGAGAAACCUUAUAAGUGCCUUGACUAGAAACCUUAUAAGUGCCUUGACUGUGGGAAAAGUUUUCAUGACAUUUCAAACUGCAUCACCCAUAGGAGAAUCCACACGGGAGAGAAACCUUAUCAGUGUGGUGAGUAUGGAAAACGCUUCAAUCAGAGCUCAAGCCUUAUAAUUCACCAGAGAACUCACACAGGAGAAAAGCCCUAUCAAUGUGAAGAGUGUGGAAAAAGCUUCAACAACAGUUCUCCUUUUAGUGCACAUCGGAGGAUACAUACUGGAGAGAGGCCACAUGUGUGUUCUGACUGUGGUUUCAGUAAGAGUUCUGACUUACGUGCGCAUCACAACACAGGAGAGAAACCCUAUGGGUGUCAUGACUGUGGCAAGUGUUUUAGUAAAAGCUCUGCCCUUAACAAGCACCGAGAAAUCCACACACGGGAAAAGCUUCUGACACAGUCAGCACCCAAGUAA